AUAAUAAUAAAGCGGAGAAGCAGCUGCGGUUAACGGAGAGAAGGAAAACUGAAUAAAUCGCCGAUGUCGGCUCUACAGCCCAGUUACAGACUCGUUUUCACAGGCUCAGUGGUUUUAUAAACGCGAUUUUUGUGUCCCUUCUGAUUUUGGGUUUUGUUUACGUGAAAUAGACUUUACAUUUUAACUGUACGAACGGCCGCGGCGCUCGGCAGAGGCUGGUCUGGUCUAGAGACUCAGCUGGAGGAAAAUCUGUUCAGACGGAUUACGGUCUGGUUUUAGGGGGUGUAUUUACUGACCAUGAACUCUGAAAGCCCCGCGGUUCUGGAGAGGAGUAUGGGUGAAACGUUUAGCCUGUAGAGCUGGGGAGGAGUUAGCUUAGCUAGCUAAAUAAAUCGUCACGUUUGGAGUAGUUUACCGUUAGUGUGGAUUUGUAGGCUAACGGCUCCGCUGCCCUGCAACCAGGAACAGUCAGUGGGAUUCUCCAGAUAAAUGAGUGAACAGAGGACUGCAGCACCCACUGGCACUGACUGACUGACCGGGGCGCUUUUGGUGCAGAGAUGAGGCCACUGUGGAGGCGGGACUUGGGGAAUAGUUCUGUGGUUGGCAUGGUGCCAGGCCCAGCUACGGUGGCCCCGAAGGGUCAGAACAGGUCAUGGGUCCCCGAAACCCCACUGGUGAGCCCAGAGGAGCCUAUAUUUCUGAUGACCCCAGCUGCACAGACCAUCUCUGGACUGUUUGUGUGGACUGCACUGCUGCUUACUUGCCACCAGAUCUACAUGCACUUGCGCUAUUACAGCUCUCCUAAUGAACAGAGACACAUCGUACGGAUCCUCUUCAUCGUCCCUAUCUAUGCCUUCGACUCCUGGCUCAGUCUGCUCUUCUUCACCAAUGAGGAGUACUAUGUUUACUUCGACACAGUCAGAGACUGCUAUGAAGCAUUUGUGAUCUAUAACUUCCUAAGUCUAUGCUAUGAGUAUCUGGGUGGAGAGAGUGCCAUCAUGUCAGAGAUCAGAGGAAAACCCAUAGAGUCCAGCUGUGUGUAUGGGACAUGUUGCCUGUGGGGCAGAACUUACUCCAUUGGUUUCCUCAGAUUCUGCAAACAGGCUACUCUUCAGUUUUGUGUGGUGAAGCCUCUGAUGGCAGUGAUAACAGUGAUCCUGCAGGCUUUUGGAAAAUACAGAGAUGGAGACUUUAACGUGGCCAGUGGGUAUCUGUAUGUGACGAUUAUCUAUAAUAUCUCGGUCAGCCUGUCUCUGUAUGCCCUGUUCCUCUUCUAUUUUGCCACAAGGGAGUUGUUGGUGCCCUACAGCCCUGUCCUCAAAUUCUUUAUGGUCAAAUCCGUCAUCUUCCUUUCUUUCUGGCAGGGUAUGCUUCUGGCUAUCCUGGAGAAGUGUGGUGCAAUCCCAAAAAUUGAUUCCCCUGAUGUGAGUGUGGGAGAAGGGACAGUUGCUGCUGGUUACCAGAACUUCAUUAUCUGCAUCGAGAUGUUUUUUGCUGCUGUGGCACUCAGACAUGCCUUCACAUACAAGGUCUACAUGGACAAAAGACUGGACUCCUAUGGAUCCUUCCCUGAUUAUGGACAGUACGGGCGCUGUGUAAUGAAGAGUAUCUCCAGCAGUCUAAAAGAGACAAUGAACCCUGGGGACAUGGUGCAGGACGCUAUCCAUAACUUCUCUCCGGCGUAUCAGCAGUACACCCAGCAGAGCACGCUGGAGCAGCCGGGGGGUGGUCUAACUCGCAGUCUCAGCACAGGCUCCACACGCGACAACGAGAAAACACUGCUGCUCAGCUCUGAUGACGAGUUUUGAGAGAGAGAGAGAAAAAGAAAGAGAGAAACAAACUAAACAGAAUUUAACUUACAAACUGUUGCUUACUUGCGAAACUAUGAUGAUGUGCCAUAGCUAUGACACACACACUAUAUGUCCAUUACUAUCCAGAUGCUCUUUCUAAUUAGUUACUUCUGCUAUUUUAAAAUGCACCCUAACACGGUUACAACGGGUGUUCAGUUGCGCAUGCACAGCUUAUAUAAUCUCCAUAGAAAAACAUUGCCAGUGGAAUGGUGUGCUCUGGAGUAGUCUCAUUAGUCUGAGAUCACCAUGCCCAAUGCCACGCAUCAGUUAAAAAAGACCCCCAGCAUUGGGCUUUAGAGCAGUGGACCGGCAUUCUCUGGAGCGAUGCUGCUCCCUCCAAUAUUUUACUGAUGAACAGUCAUCCAGAAAUAAUCAUCUAACAUCACUACCUGACCUCACAAAUGCUCUUGUGGCUGAAUGCCAUCAAAUACUCACAGAAAUGUUUCAACGUCGAAUGUAAGGGCUGUUACUGCACCAAAGGGGUGGGACAAAUUCCUUUAAUGCACUUGAUUUCUGAAAAAAAAAAAUGCUGGGGAGCAGGUGUUCUGGACAAAUAGUGUAGAUCUGUUACAUAGACAAACCCCAAAGAACCAGACCAUUUAGCAUUAUUCAUACUUCAUUAUUUAUACUUUCAUUUUAUUUUAAUAUUUGAGUGCGGUAGUGUAUUCAGCUCAUAGUAUGUUUUCAUUUCCUGGCUCUCUCACUCCUGCAUCUCUCUCUGCCAAACAGAUUGGACGCUGCACCGUUCUGUUCUGCUCAUUAUGUUGCAGCUGGAGUUCCACUGACUUGCAGCCUGUUACAGUAGCUCUUUUUUUUAUAAGCUAAAAUAUGCGCCGUGUGGUUGAGGUCCUAGCAGCCGGCCUUUGCUGCUGUGGGCCAGAAAACGCUCUGACACUGCUCUUCUCUUUCUGUUUGACCAAUAUUAAAAUUUCACCAGCUUCUCAACUUACCUCGGUUGUUGUUGUUAGCGCCGGCAGGUUUGGUGUGUGAAGUUUACUUCUUUAGCGCUGGAGCUGUGAAGCUGAACUAAUAACACAGUUUGAGGCAAGUGUGUGAGAUGCUACUUGGUGUUUUAUUUACUCCCAUUACUUUACAUUAGCCUUGUCACUCCAGUACAAAACAAAGCAAGCAAAUGUUAAACACCAAACACGCCUUGGUGAGUCUGCUACCUAAUGAGGUAAGAGGGGAUAAUGGCCACAGGACUUUUCACUGAUUUGUUGUUUUAACGGGACCGUUUUCCGCAUUGAUGAGGCUGUAUACGUGUAUCUCCCUCUCCAAAAGAUUAUAUUAAAAGAGUAGAUCUGUGCUAACGUGACAGGAAUGGGAGAUAGUAUGCCUCGAUUACCAUAUAAUUUGCAUAUUGAUAAUUGGUGGCCAUUAGUUUUAAGUCAUAUUCUGUUAACUGCACAAAAUGUCAGUAAUUCGUUUAGCGAGCUUACAUGCACUUGGGUAAUCAGACAAUGAGAACUCGCUCUGCAGGCAGUAAUCGGAACAAAGCGCGCUCCAUGUUUCAUGUUAAACAUUAGUUUGUUUUAACUGGAAUUUUCCUGUAAGGACUUUUAAAGGUGUAUUAUGAACUGAACUAGGCUGUGCUGAAACAGGGAAUUCUCUAAGCAGUAGCUUUGCACAUAGAUUUAUAGCAGCAAGCAGCCACUAGGUGGCAUUAUUGUGCUGUUAUUAAUGCAUAUGGCUCUAAGGGACACAUCUGCACAUCUACAGUGGUGUAGGGGAGAACUUUGUGUGGAUGCUAAAUACAAAUUUCUAUACAGUAGUAUACACUACCAGUCAACAGCUUGGAUAAACUUGCUUAUAGAAGAAUUUUUCUUUAUUUCUGCUACUGAACGCAUGUAAUAUGGAUAAUAUGGAUGAAGAUGUUUCAACAAUAAAAGAGCACAUAUGGCUUUAUGCAGUGACUGAGAUACUUUUUGAACAGGACUAAAAAGAAUAUGCAUAUAAUCACAUUGCAGUGGCUCAGAAACGUCACUGACUGAGAUGUAGAAGUCACUCGGGGUGGGAUGUAAAAUGGUGCGUUAUAUUUUGACUUUUAUAUUUCAGAAUGAAGCAUUUCACAUCAGACCACUCAGAAUGACUUUUAGAUCUUACCACUUCAUUAUGCAGAAAUUUAGAAAAGUCGUGGAAAUUCCUCUGUAAGCAUAAACUUUUAGUUGAAAAUAUAUAAAAAAAACACACACAUUAAAGCUUUUGACUGGUUCUGUAAGUUCUUUUCCUAAAAGGGGGUCCAAUAUUGCAGGUUUUCAACCAUACAUUCUUCAUUAAAACUUAAUUUUUCCUUUUACAGGGGCUAAUAUACAGACUGUAAUAGACACAGCAUUAGAAACAGGAUCUUGGUAUUUCUAAUUAGAGAUUUUAUGUCUUCACAGUGCAGAACACAAUGAUAUUUAAAGGCCAAACCCACAUUCUGUGCUUUCAUCGUUUAUGUAAAUGAUAAACUGCUUUUAUUUCUUUUUAUUACACUUUGAUAUGAGCUGACUUUUUUGAGUUCAAACUUGUGCAUUCCCCAUAUAUGUACAUACAGAAACCUACAUUAUGAUUAUUAUUAUUAUUAAGCUGUUAAUAAAUACAUACUGUUUCGGGUGGAACAGGAAACUGUACAUAGCUGAUAUGAGAUUUUUUAGGCUUUAAUUAAGGUGCCUAGUUUUGUACUGUAAGCCUUCUCAAUAUGGCUUUUGCAUAUUGUUGGUGCCGUUUACGUUCUGUAUAGGUUAUUCAGCAUUUUGUGUUUGUGGGAUGGAAUAAAGAGGAUUAAGAGGAUCUCA